AUGCUACAGCGAAUGAUCAAUGUCUGGCAAGAGCCCGUGAACUAUGACAUCCUUUCUCCAGAGUGCAUCAUGAGGCGAAUGGAUCUAGAGAAAAUCAUGUCGUCUGAGCCUGUCCGUAUUCUCAUCACUGCUCUUAAUUCCUUUGGAUACGCACAAGACUUAGGCGAUGCAGCUCGUGGCCGCGGCAGGUUUGCUGAGGGGACGAUGAGAUGA